GACAUGGCAGAUUUUCUGAUUACCACAAUUAGCACCUUUGUACUUUAUAACUUUUUCUUAUUAUUUGAGAAUGCCGGUUUUUUUAUAUUUUUAUGUUUGUGUCACGCACCAAAAUACACGAUAUUGCAAACUUUCAGAUUUCAAAUCGGUGAAAGAAGAAGGCCCGUUUCCUUCAUAAUUACCUUAGUUUUAAUUUAAAGUUAUAUAAUAUAAACUGCACAAUGACAUUUAAUCAAAUUAAUAUCGUUUUGUGAGGCAGAGCGACGCUUAUUUCUGCCGGAUUCAUUUGCUUCGUGCAAAAACGCGUUGAAUAAGUCCAACUUUAUCCAUAUUUCAGGUUAUGAAAUUAUCGUGACAACAGAAUGUAAUGUGAUGCGUUCCACUGAACAAUACUAAAUCUAUUGUUAAUGCAUUAGUGCAGUUUUCGUCGAAACCUAGCACAACUGAAGUUGCUGGACCAGCUUUCCUAUUAAAAAAAGGCCAUAAAUGUUUAGUACUGACAGUGUAUAUUAAUCUUAAAGAUAAUCUUAGUACCAUACAAGUCUCUAUUCUAAACCUACUACAACAGUAUACACUUACAAGAACAGAUUUGCUAUUAAACGUGACUAUUGUAUAAAACUUCAGAUUUAGAGCAAAAAUGUAUACAUCUCGUAAUACUAAAGUCACACUUUUUAAUUAUUUCUAUAAAAUUCAAAUAAUACUCGGAUAUUAUUACUUAUGUAUAAACGCCACAAAAGAUAGCAGUUGCCAAUGCAUCAGCAAAUUGAAUCGACAAUCGAUUCUUGUACCUCGGAAAGAAUAUUGUGUUGUAAACAAUAUUAAAUUUGAUGCAAAUAAUGUAAAAGAAGAACAAAUAAAACAAAUGGUUAAAAUCGACGCUGGUACAUAUUUCAUAGGAACAAAUAAUCCAGUUUUUGUAGCCGAUGGAGAGGGACCAAAACGUGAAGUAGUAUUAACUAAUUUUUACAUAGAUAAAUUUGAAGUGAGUAAUAAGGACUAUAUGGCUUUUGUAAGCACCACAGGAUAUAUAACUGAAGCAGAAAGUUUUGGAGAUUCUUUUGUCUUCGAGAAUCUUUUAACACAAAACAUGAAAAACAAAAUCAAUAAGGCAGUUGCGCAAGCUCCUUGGUGGUUACCUGUGAAGGAAGCCUCAUGGCAACAUCCAGAAGGUCCAAACUCAAAUAUUACUUUCAGAAUGGACCAUCCUGUUGUUCAUGUCUCUUGGAACGAUGCAGUUGCUUACUGUAAUUGGAUAGGUAAAAGAUUGCCAACUGAAGCAGAAUGGGAAGUUGCAUGCCGCGGUGGACUUUCUGAUAGACUCUAUCCUUGGGGAAAUAAAUUAAUGCCAAAUAGUCAACAUAAAGCCAAUAUUUGGCAAGGCAAUUUUCCUAUAGAAAACACUGAAAAAGAUGGUUACAAAGGUACAUCGCCAGUUACAAGAUUUUUGCAAAAUAAAUACGGUUUAUAUAAUAUUGUUGGAAAUGUUUGGGAAUGGACAGCAGAUUGGUGGAUAACAAAACAUUCGCACAAUCAACAAAUAAAUCCAAUUGGCCCUUCUAGUGGUAGUGAUAAGGUGAAGAAAGGUGGUUCCUAUUUAUGUCAUAAAAAUUAUUGCUACAGAUACAGAUGUGCUGCGCGUAGUCAAAAUACACCCGAUACAUCAGCUGGAAAUUUAGGUUUUAGAUGUGCCAUAUCAACGUAGCUAAAACAUUGAAGUAUUAACACAUAAAAUUAAACUUUUAAACAGAAUGAUUAAAAAUAAUGUAAACAAAUUAUAUUUUCUUUAUAUGUAUUAUAAUUAUAUAUAAUGUAUAAAUAUUAUAUGUAA